AACAGAGAACCGAGUAAAAAUGCUGACCAAACUGUUGAAGAUUAGUUGCACUUCGACGCAGUGCACCUUUGCCAAGCCCUAUCAAGCGAUUCCAGGACCCCGAGGACCGUUUGGGUUGGGUAAUCUAUAUAAUUACCUACCCGGAAUCGGAUCCUACUCCUGGCUUAAGUUGCACCAAGCCGGUCAAGAUAAGUACAAGAAAUAUGGCGCAAUCGUUAGGGAAACUAUAGUUCCCGGACAGGAUAUCGUCUGGUUGUAUGAUCCCCGGGAUAUAGCUUCUCUGCUCAACGAACGGGAUUGCCCACAGAGAAGGAGUCAUCUGGCAUUGGCCCAAUAUCGUAAAAAUCGACCGGAAGUUUACAAGACCACUGGCUUGCUGCCUACCAAUGGUCCGGAGUGGUGGCGUCUACGUGCCCAGCUGCAAAAGGAGCUGAGCGCACCAAAGAGUGUGAGGAACUUCGUCUGCCAAGUAGAUGGAGUGACCAAAGAGUUCCUCAGAUUUCUACAAGAGUCGAGCGAAGGAAAUGCUAUUGAUAUGCUGCCCAAACUCACCAGAUUGAAUUUGGAAUUAACCUGCCUGCUCACCUUUGGAGCCCGUCUGCAGUCCUUUUCCCCCAAGGAACAAGAUCAUAAAUCCCGUUCCACCCGCUUGAUGGAUGCAGCGGAGACCACCAAUAGCUGUAUCCUGCCCACAGAUCAGGGUCUCCAACUGUGGCGUUUCCUGGAGACCCCUAGCUUUCGAAAACUUAGCCAGGCCCAAUCCUACAUGGAGGGCGUGGCCUUGGAACUACUAGAAGAGAACAUAAAGAACGGUUCAAUAGGAUCUUCAUUGAUAUCAGCAUAUCUAAAGAAUCCUGAACUUGAUCGCAGUGAUGUGGUGGGCACUGCUGCAGAUUUGCUUUUAGCUGGCAUCGAUACCACCUCAUAUGCCUCCGCAUUCCUACUCUAUCAUGUGGCCCGCAAUCCGGAGGUCCAGCAGAGACUCUAUGAGGAAGCCAAGCGAGUGCUUCCCAAUCCCAAAGAUCAACUAUCUAUGGAUGCCUUGAGAACUGAUAUCACAUAUACCAGGGCUGUCCUUAAGGAAUCAUUGCGCUUGAAUCCAAUCGCUGUAGGUGUGGGCAGAAUUCUUAACCAGGAUGCGGUCUUCAGUGGUUACUUUGUGCCAAAAGGGACCACUGUCGUGACCCAGAACAUGGUUGCCUGUCGCCUGGAGCAGCACUUCCAGGAUCCCUUACGCUUCCAGCCUGAUCGAUGGCUCCAGCACCGCAGUGCCCUCAAUCCCUACCUGGUUCUACCCUUCGGCCAUGGAAUGCGAGCCUGCAUAGCCCGUCGUUUGGCCGAACAGAAUAUGCACAUUUUGCUCCUCAGGCUGCUGCGGGAAUACGAAUUGAUUUGGAGUGGAUCUGAUGAAGAGCUGGAUGUGAAGACCUUGCUGAUAAACAAGCCCGAUGCUCCCGUUCUCAUCGAUCUGCGAUUGCGAAGUGAAUAAGUUUAAGAUAUUAGUUGACAGAGGAAAAAGACUGAGA